AUGAGCACCAUUCAGAACCUCAAGAACUUUAUACGUCAUGGGAAGCAAGCCCGGGUUGCCGACCCUCCCCGCGACCAUCCCACCACCAACGUCUCUCCUGUUCACGCCCAGCAACAGAAGUAUCACCAUGGCGUCAGCGAACCGAUAGGCAACCAUCAUAGACAACUGCAGCAUCACGCUCAACCUCAACCUGGUGAAUACUCCGUCGCGGCCGGUAACAAUCGAAAUGUGGCUGCCCAGGCCGGAGCUGCCGCAGCUCACGCUGCGGGCAAGCACCAGAAAAUCCAAGCAGACAUCGAAGCCAUUGUUGCCGAGGAAAGGGAAAAGGCCAGCAAGAUGCCCCGAUACCCCGGUCUCGAACGGUUCAUCCUCGUGGAAAAGAUGGGAGACGGCGCUUUCAGCAACGUCUACAAGGCCAGAGACACCCAGACGGGAGACGAGGUCGCCAUCAAGGUGGUCCGCAAGUUCGAGAUGAACCAGAAUCAGCGAGCCAAUAUCCUCAAGGAAGUCCAAAUUAUGCGCCAACUCGACCAUCCCAAUAUCGUGAAGCUCAUUGACUUUUCCGAGUCCGGGCAGUACUACUAUAUUGUUCUCGAGCUUUGUCCGGGUGGCGAAUUGUUCCACCAGAUUGUCCGCUUGACCUACUUCAGCGAAGACCUCAGUCGUCACGUCAUUACUCAGGUCGCCAACGCCUUACUUUAUCUGCACGAAGAGACCGGCGUCGUCCAUCGUGACAUCAAACCGGAAAAUCUUCUCUUUUACCCGAUACCCUUCGUCCCAACUCGCAACCCGAAACCCCGGGGACCUGACGAUGAAGACAAGGCGGACGAGGGAGAGUUCAUUCCAGGCGUUGGUGCUGGUGGUAUCGGCCAGAUCAAGAUCGCCGAUUUCGGUCUUUCUAAAGUAAUCUGGGAUUCUCAAACGAUGACGCCCUGCGGUACCGUUGGUUACACCGCCCCUGAAAUUGUCAAGGAUGAACGCUAUAGCAAAUCGGUCGACAUGUGGGCUCUGGGCUGUGUGCUAUACACUCUCCUUUGCGGCUUUCCUCCCUUUUACGACGAGUCGAUUCAAGUCCUGACGGAAAAGGUUGCCCGGGGCCAGUAUACUUUCCUGUCGCCCUGGUGGGAUGACAUUUCGAAAUCAGCGCAAGAUCUGGUUUCGCAUCUUUUGACUGUCAACCCCGACCGGCGGUAUACGAUUCAAGAGUUCUUGAACCAUCCCUGGAUCCGGAAUACUAACGAACCUACCUAUGCUGCCGCCGAUGCUCCACCUCUGGCCACUCCUCUACAUAUCCGCCAGAAGGAGAUUGCCCAAGCAGGCAACAUCCCCGCAGAGUUCCUCACUACACCCGGUACCCCAGGUGGCAAGCGGGCAGAUUUCCGAUCGCCUGGUGCUGUCAACCUUCGUGAAGUAUUCGACGUGGGUUAUGCCGUCCACCGACAAGAAGAGGAAGCGAAGCGGAGAAAGAAUUUCAAGCAAGGCUACCGGGGUGCAGGCAUGCCUGGUGGACUGAAUCCUCUCAAUGAAGACGAAGAUGAUGAGGACGAAGAUUACGAGGAAGAAGUGUCUAGCAAAGUACCAAAGAACCAGCAGCCAGCCGAUGUGUCGAGUAUGGAAGCAAAGAUGCGUCAAACUAAUCUCGGAACCCAACCCUCUGCCGCGGCCCAAGCACGAGCAGCGGCGGCGCCCGCCAGAAGCCAACAUCACAAUACCCAGCAGGAACAGAGAGGGUAUGGACAGCAUAGCGCGGCGGUAGCAGCCGCAGCCAAGCAGAGCGUUGGACGGCGCAACAAGCAGCCGUUCGAACUGAGCCUGGACAAUUCGACAUUGUUGGGCAGGAGAAAUAAGAUGGUGGCCACGAACAAUCCAAAUGCACCUUCAAAAUUGAGAGAGGAGCUGAGUGUGAGGUGA